GGAAGUAGAAGGAGAAACGGGCAGGAAACAGACGUCUGACAGCACAAACACACCGUCUGUCUGUCUGUCCGUCGCUGGGGAGACAAACUCUCCGGGCUCCGUGUGUUUUACUCUUUAACUUCAAAGUCUGAAUGGUGUAGAAGUAGAAGACAACGUCAACAUGGUUCACAUUUCGCAGCAUCUCUCUAAACUCCGGGUGUCACUUCUCUCCUUUCUCCUUGUUGUCUCCCAUGGCGACGCCAGCGUCAACGCGACGGAGGAGGAAACGGCAGAAACUCACAGUAAAUACUACAAUUAUGUGGCUUUAACGGGGCGUUUACAGUCCCUAGCUCAGAGAUACCCUCACAUAGCGAACCUGUCGAGUAUAGGUCAGUCUGUGGAGGGCAGGGAGCUCUGGGUGAUGCGGAUCACCAAGGACCCCCUCAGAGACGCUCCGGGGAAACCCAGGUUUAAAUACGUGGGCAACAUGCACGGAGACGAGACCGUGUCCAGGCAGGUGUUGGUCUACCUGGUGGAGCACCUGCUGAGUAAAUACGGAGAGGAACCGCGUGUUACUGAGCUGGUGGACACUACGGAUGUCCACAUCAUGCCCAGUAUGAACCCUGAUGGAUUUGAGAGGUCCAUAGAGGGAGACUGUGGAGGCAGCAACGGGGGGGGGAGGAAUAACGCCAAGAAUAUGGACCUCAACAGGAGCUUUCCUGACCAGUAUGAUGGCACCGCUGCCAAUCCAGAUAACAUCCCCGAGGUCAUGGCUGUGAUGAGAUGGAUACAGGAGAAAAAAUUCGUGCUCUCAGGGAACCUGCAUGGCGGCACUGUGGUUGCCAGUUACCCUUUUGAUGACUCAGCCUCCCACCAGCGGCAGGGUCACUACAGCCAGUCAGCGGACGACAGCCUGUUUCGCUACUUGGCCCUGGUGUAUUCCCAGAACAACCCUGUGAUGAAGACUGGUGUGCCCAACUGUCCAGAUGCCCAGGAAGAAACCUUUAAAGAUGGCAUCACCAAUGGGGCGCAGUGGUACGACGUGCCUGGAGGGAUGCAGGACUACAACUACCUGUAUGGAAACUGUCUGGAAAUCACCAUGGAGCUGAGCUGCUGCAAAUAUCCUCCUUCUUCUGAGCUCCUUAAGGAAUGGAAUCUGAACAGGGAAUCCCUAAUAGCCUACAUAGAAAAGGUCCAUAUAGGUGUUCAUGGCUAUGUGAAAGAGGCCAUCAGUGGCGCUGCCCUCUCCAAUGUCAGCAUUGUGGUGGCUAGCAUUCGCCACAACCUGAUCACUGACAAUUACGGGGAGUACUACCGCCUUCUACUUCCAGGAACAUACAGCAUCACAGCUGUGGCACCAGGGUACACACCAAUGACAGUCCCCAGUGUCCAGGUGGUGGAGGGCAAAGCCACAGAGCUUAACUUUACCUUGGCACCUGUGGUCAUUGAGUCUGCAGGCAGCACCACUGUGACUAAACCCUCCAUACCAUCCACCAGUGAUCCAAACCUCACCACCACCACCACGACCACCACUACCACCACCACCACCACCACCACCAACUCCUCUGACUCCACCCACACCCAGCUGGUUCCUUCUGAGGGAAACAACAACAGCCCUCCUUUACCUCCACCUGAAAAUCAGCCCAUCCAGCCUAAGGAGUUUCGUCACCACCAAUACGCAGACAUGGAGCUGUUUUUACGCAAGUACAGCAGCGAGUUCCCCUCUAUUACCCAUCUGUACACGAUCGGCAGCUCCGUGGAAGGCCGUGAGCUCUUUGUGAUGGUCAUCUCAGACAACCCCAAGGAACAUGAGCAUGGUGAGCCCGAGUUCAAGUAUAUAGCCAACAUGCACGGUAAUGAAGUGGUGGGCCGAGAGUUAAUGCUCAACCUCAUUGAGUACCUGUGCCAUAACUAUGGUACUGACCCCGAGGUCACUCAGUUGGUCAACAACACCCGCAUUCACAUCUUGCCUUCUAUGAACCCUGACGGCUUUGAGGUAGCCACUGAAGGUGAUGAAAAGGGCUACAGAGGGCGCAACAACAGCAACAAUUUUGACCUGAACCGCAACUUCCCGGACCAGUAUGUUAAUAUCACAGAGCCCAGACAGCCGGAGACUAUAGCUGUGAUGAACUGGCUGAAGAGCAUCCCCUUCGUCCUGUCAGCCAACCUCCACGGAGGCUCCUUGGUAGUCAACUACCCCUAUGACAGUGACAAAGAAGGGAUUUCUCUGUACAGCCAGUCACCUGAUGACAAAGUCUUUCAGCUGGUAUCUCGAGCCUACUCACAGGAGAAUCCUUUGAUGCACAAUGGACACCCUUGUGUGGACCUGUACCGGGAUGAAUAUUUUCAGGAUGGCAUCACCAAUGGUGCAAACUGGUACAUUCUUACCGGUGGCAUGCAGGACUGGAACUACUUGAACACCAACUGUUUUGAGGUGACCAUCGAGCUGGGCUGUACAAAGUACCCCAUGGCCAAGGACCUGCCAAAUUACUGGGAACAAAACCGACGAGCCUUGCUGCAGUUCAUACACCAGGUUCACACUGGAGUAAAAGGCACAGUCUCUGACAUCAGGGAUGGCACAGGAAUUCCCAAUGCCACCAUUAGUGUGCAGGAGAUAGACCACAACGUCACCACAGCUCGUAGUGGGGACUACUGGAGGCUGCUGGUCCCUGGGACUUACUCUAUCACCGCCUCUGCCCAUGGUUAUAAACCUUUGAGGACCUACGCCACAGUCUCAAAGGAUCGAGCAGAGGUGGUGGACUUCAGACUGACACGUGUAAACUCAGACCCUAGUGGCCAGUCUCCCACGGGCCCCCAGCCCACACAGAACCCAUCUGAGAAGGCGUUCCACAGCUUAAUCAAGAAGCUGUCUUUAGGCCAGGGUCUGGAGCAGCUAGUCAAGAGCACGAACACAGAGAGCAGCUUCCGCUACAGACGCUACAAAGAGCUCUCCGGCUUCGUGAGAGGCCUCACUCUCAACUUUCCCAAAAUUACAUCUUUACACAGUUUGGGCCAAAGUGUAGAGUUUCGAACCAUUUGGGCUCUGGAAAUCUCCAACAACCCAGAGGAAGCUGAACCGUCUAAGCCCAAGAUCCGCUUCGCAGCGGGGAUCCAUGGCAACGCCCCAGUGGGCACAGAGCUGCUGCUGGAGUUCGCUGCCUUCCUGUGUAUCAAUUACGGCAAGAACCCAGACAUCACCAGGCUGAUCAAUGAGACCCGAAUUGUCAUCGUGCCUUCUAUAAACCCAGACGGACGAGAACAGGCUGUUGAGAAGCAGUGCACCUCCACCCAGGGCUCGACCAAUACUCAUGGCAAAGAUCUGGACACAGAUUUCUUUGGUAAUGCGUCACAGCGUGUGGUGGAGGCCCAACCAGAGACCAGAGCCAUGAUGGACUUGAUUCUAGACAAGACCUACACUCUGUCUGUAGCCCUCGACGGAGGCUCCCUGGUUGCUACCUACCCUUACGACAAGCCUGUCCAGUCUGUUGAAAAUGAGGGCACAUUGAAGUACUUGGCGAGUGUUUAUGCCAACAACCACCCUAAGAUGCAUCUCGGGGACACUGGAUGUUCAAAUAAUGGGCCGAUGGGCAACAUCCCAGAUGGAGUUAUGAGGGCAGCAGAGAGACAAAGUCACAUGGGGAGCAUGAAGGACUUCAGCAUGGACUUUGGCCACUGUCCAGAGAUCACAGUGUAUAGUGGCUGCUGUUUGUUCCCUCCUGCUGAGCAGCUGGCCACACUCUGGGCGGAGAACAAGAAGGCUCUCCUCAGCAUGUUGGUGGAGGUCCAUAAAGGGGUGCGUGGCAUGGUGAGGGACAAGAGUGGAAAGCCUAUUGUCGGGGCGAUCAUUGUACUGAAUGGAGGAGUGAGGGUCUUCACUGCAGAGGGCGGCUACUUUCAUGCACUGCUGGCUCCUGGCAACCACAACAUUGAAGCCGUUGCUGAUGGCUACCAACAACAACGUCAAGAGGUGGUGGUGUCCUCCUAUGAAGCUGCUAGCUCCAUCAUCAUUGAGUUCGACAUGGACAACAGUAUCUUUGGCCUGCCCAGAGAGUUUGUGGUGGCCAGUGCAGCAGCCUCCAUGACGGCGUUGGUAGUGACGGCGUGCAUCAUCUGGUGCGUGUGCGCAGCCAAGUCCAAUCGUCAAAAAGAUGGCUUCCACCGCUUGCGACAGCACCGAGACGAGUACGACGACGAGAUCCGGCUCACCUCCAUGGGCUCUAAGAAGUCGCUGCUCGCCCACGAGUUUCAGGAUGAGAGCGAAAGUGACGAGGAGACACUGUACGCCAACAAAAUCUGAGAACCGUUGCACCUGUUUGGCUGUUGGCUCAAUAUUUUUUAUUUUGAUCUCCCCCUUAAAUUAAACCAACAACGAACAGGUUGAACUCCAGAUCUGUCUCUCUUAAUGACGAAGAGUGAUAAAGACAUUUUUGUUCUGUUAUACCAACAAGCUCCAAGGACUCAGUUAUUAGUGCUACUAAAGUAUUACUUUAAGAGCAUCCUGCUGGUGUCUGAACUGAAGGGCUUGCUCCAUCUCUACCUGACUAGAUCAGGAGGAAAAGACAAAGAGAAGGUGAUAAAGAGGGAGAGACAUAAAGGUUCGGUCCACUGUGGCCCUCAUCCGUCCUUUAUAGCAAGUUUUGCUCCACUGCUCUUUCAUUUCCGAGCCAUGCAAGAGUGCUUUUUUCGACCGCUGCCUGGCUGAGGGCAUCCAGCCGAUGAGUCCAGAUAAACUCUUGUUUAGCAUACGUGUAAUGAACUCUGGAUUGAAGUGCUUGAUUUCACACAAUCUCCCCACUGAUAUCAUGCAUUCUUUUCAGUACCGCUUCGAGCUAAUAAAUGAUAUGUUUCUUUUAUCCAAGAAAGCAUUGCCACACUGAAAAUGUCCGAGCCUUUUGGGAGACUGAAUCCAACACUGUGCCUUGGCUUCUGUAAAGUUUACAGUCCGGUCGGGCUGUAGUAUGCGACAGAAUGCAGCAACAUAGUGAGUAGAUAUUUGAUCCAUCCUAUACUCAGGUGGUAGGAAAAGAGAGCUGGUUUAAAGGACUACUGGAUUCCAGUGUUGCACUGUUUCUGCACAGGUGACUCCAGGCUGACCGGCCUGGGCUCAGUAGUUUUGUAUUUUUCCAGUUGAGUCAAUGUUGUGGCCAGAAUCAUCAUCAUCAUCAUCAUGGGAGCGAGCUUCUCAAGAGCUUUAAAGCAUCAGGGAGAAUAUGUUACCAAUGAAAUGCUUGAAGGAGACCCUUCCCAGUAAAUGCAGGGUGCUCUAACGUAUGCAUGGAGGUUCACUUGCACUGAAUGGAAGCAAGGAUUGUCCCAUAUCAUUGGCCAAGAAAAAACAGUGACUUUCUAAAUAUACAAUCAAAAAAAAAAAGAAUGUAUUUGUUGUUUUUUCCCUUUUUUUUUUUUUUAAUUGUAGGUUAAUUUCAAACUGUCUGUGCCCUGUUUUUGAUCAAGCAUGCGCAUUCUCACCAUGCCUCAUAAUAAGGAAUAUCAUUUAUGUUUUCAUUUGAUUGUGUUUGUGUUUAUUCCCCCACUAAAUAAUACUUUGGAGUGUAAAAGUCAUACUAGGUUUGUCCGUCCAUUAAGUAUCACUGUCUGCGAAUCAACGUCAGAGCCACCCAUGCUACAUGAUUUAAAGGUCCAGUGCAAAGAAAUGAAUAUUUUCCAACUUUCUUGUAAAACAACGGACAUAUAUAUAUAUAUAUAUAUAUAAUCCAUUAAACAGUGAGAUGUGGUUGAAAUCUGCAAGAAAGCUGUCAAACAAAAGUUUAAAGCUGCUCAGUACAUAACUACUAUUGUGUAAAUAUAAUAUAUAUUGUAAAGAUACUCCUUCAGCCAAUUGUCAGGAACACUGAAAAAGAGGCUACCAACAGAUUGCCUUAGUGACGUCAAAGAAAUGAUUAUGCCGUAAUUUGUCAUUUUUUCUUAUAUGUUAAAGAAGCUCAUUUACUCAUUUAUUUGCUCAGUUACAAUUGCAUGGGGUAUGUGGACAAAUCUAGGGAGCAGGUUUGUGUACAGAUAUGCAAGUAAGAAUUUAACUUUAAGCAUCUUCUAGCAAAUUAGGUGAACUGCCAAACCAAACUUGUGGUUUUCUUUACAUUAGAAAUCUGUGUAAUCAUUCUUAACUGAAUUAAAAUUGAUGCACUGGAUCAUUGAAAUCAGGUGGCUCUUAAAUUGGGAAUGCCAUGCAUGUUUUUCAUCACAUAUUUUGAAGGAAUACAUCCUUGUUCACUAAAAAAAUUGCCUUGAUUUCCAGGUAUGUUGAGAAGAGAUUCUUUCCUUCUCCUUUUAACAAAUGCAGCUGUCGUCAGUUAAGUUAAACCUGAUAUCUGUGCAGAGAGACAGUUUUGUAUUUCAUUUUUCUUUCUUAUACAAAGUCUGUGAAUGCGCGUGUAUGAAUUCUGAAAGUUGAGCCCGUGUCGGGGUCAUGCAGGAUUGGUACAGAGAUUUUAUAUGAACUGGAAUCAACUGUAAAUAAUGUUUGCCAAUUGUGAAUGGGAAAAUAAAUGCAAAUGUUAACCAUGAAUCUACACACAAAAAAAAACAUUUAAUAAAAACUGUGUGGUCGUGACCUGCUAACAUGCACAAAAACUCAUGGAACACAAUUCAAUAAAACACCUCACAACGUC